AUGGCCCGAACAAAGGCGGACGGACCGAAGAUGGCCCCGCAAACCGCCUACGACUUUGCGAAGUCGGUUUGCAGCGCGCUACCCCCGAAGAACUCGGUCGACCGCGCCGUCGUCAAGCAGGCCGUGGAUAAGCUGGCCAUUGCACUGGCUCGCAUGAAAGAGGAAUGCGACCUCCAUGACACCGACGUCGCCGCCGAGUUCAACAAAGUGGUCCAGUACCACAGAGGGUAUGGCGCCAUCUUGGCGAAGCUGCCUACCGCUCCCGCGCCCAAGCGCUCCGCGCCCGAGAGCCCGCCCCAGCCCAAUCCGCCCAAGCGCCACCAAUCCGUCUCGGUGAAGGACCCGUCGCGUCUGAAGGCCUCACGCAACAUUGCGGACGACGAGUCCGAUGCGGAGAACGCUGCAGGCGAGGCUGCCAGGUCGGAGGGGGGUGACGUGCUGGAUAUCGAGAGCGAAGACGAUGACGCCAAUGACAAGACAUAUGGCCAGCGCACGACGCGCAAUACCGCGAGGAACGCUUCCGCGAAGGUCAAGGUCUCGCCCGCUCCCGCCACCAAGAAGGUCGCUCAGGCCAAAGCGAGCGUAACAGCGCCGCGCAAGUCCGCGGCCAACGCAACACCUUCGAUCGCGAAGAAGGUUGAGGUCACGAUGUCCGCGCCUGCUACCCGUGGCAGCGCGCCCCCUACCGCCACGAAACCGCGUAUGGCCGCUCAAGCGUCGAAUACGCGCAGCGCCUCGGUCGCCCCGCAGCAGCAACGCAAGCCCCGUUUGCAAGGGCUCCGCUACCGUCUCAAGGACGGUGAACCGCUUGCGAAGCUCGGCGCGCACUACAACGAGCUGCAGGAGGGCGAGCCGUUAUGGUACGCAUUCGGCACUACACCGCAAGAGGUCCUGUCGGAAGUUCUUCGCAUCUCGAAGGGCUUUGGCGGUGAAGGGUCCGUCGUAACGUAUGAUAACUCGGUAACCGCCGUCGGUUCCGAGUUCUCCCUACCGUGCACGUCCGACAUCUUGGUCGGUCUCCAAUGCAUCCGUGCCCAGCAAUCGGGCGCUCACCCCAAGUGCGUCAACUGCACCGGCGACCGUUGCGUUAGGGUCAAAUGGGUCAACAACGUCGUCAAGAACGUCGAUUCGCCCGACAAGGCGAGUAUGGGCAUCACCAACCAGGAGGUCGACGUCGCCAUCGCGCUUGCGAAUCAGCGGGGUAUGUUCGCGCAAGCAGUCCUGUUGCGUGCGGAGUACAACCGGCCCGACACUGAAGACGCUGAGAUGGACCUGGGCCAGACUUCGGUCGAGGAGGUCCACGACGCGCUCUCAAAGGAUGCAUCGGACGGUGAACCUAUGUUCGAAGACGAGGUUGAUGCGCGCCGCGCGCCCGCGACGGUGAAGGGCGUUGAGGAGGAUGAGGAGAUGUUCGAGAAUGAGACCCCCGCCACAGCCGCACUCCGCCACAUCGCGGACAACCUCGGCUCCGCCGAGGAGCUCCUCUCGACGUACCCGCGCUUCAAGGCAUCCGCCAACGAGGUACCGACAUUGGACACGAUCGUCAAGGAGAUCGACAAGCGCAUCAGCCAGGCCACUCACGAGCUCGGUGAGCUCAACGCCGUGACCUUUUGUCUCGACGCGGACGCAGAGCUCAUCGCGCGCGAUGGGAAGCGUCAUCAAGAGAUGUUCGAGAAGCGUAACUUUACGCAUCACGAGGCGCAGGCCAAUGCCAAACUCGAGCAGUCCGCCUACCUCGUCUCACUCAGCGACCGGAUCCGAGAUACGGCCUCAUCUCUCUCCGAAUUGCACGAGUGGAUGCGAGAUGAGGCCCGCUCUUUACGAGAAGAGACCAAGAACGUGCGCGAGGCGGCGCGGGUAGUGGGCAAGGCGAUUGAGAGCAUUGGCGAGUUGCGGGAGGAGCUGGCGAACGUGCAGGAGGAGUAG